AUGGCCACUCGGUUUCGGCCUUGUAUCGACCUUCACGAUGGAAAGGUCAAGCAGAUAGUAGGGGGCACUCUCACGGAUCAUGAAUCUGAAGGACUGAAGACGAACUUCGUCUCGACCAAGUCCCCCGGCGAGUUCGCGCGACUAUAUCACGACAAUGGAUUAGAAGGUGGUCAUGUCAUAAUGCUUGGUAAGGGGAACGAAGAGGCUGCUAUGGAUGCUCUCAAAGCUUGGCCUGGGGGUUUGCAGGUCGGGGGAGGCAUAAACGAGGCAAACGCGUCGAAAUGGAUCGAAGCUGGUGCAAGCAAGGUUAUCAUCACAUCGUACCUAUUCCCGAAUGGCAAAUUCUCUCUGGAUCAUCUCAAAGCCAUAUCGACAUUGGUCGGCAAAGAACGACUAGUGGUAGACGUGAGUUGUCGGCGGCGGGAUGACAAGUGGAUAGUAGCCAUGAAUAAAUGGCAGGACCCAACAGACAUGGAAGUCAACGAGGAGUCUCUAUCGCUGCUCAGCGAGUAUUGCAGCGAGUUCUUAAUACAUGCUGCAGAUGUUGAGGGUUUGUGCCAGGGCAUAGACGAAGAACUAGUACAAAAGCUGGGUCAGUGGGUUCGGAUACCUACAACAUAUGCAGGGGGCGCGAAAGGCGAGUUUUGCGGCUUCACAGUAACGCAGACACUCAACAACGCUUCAGACAUCAGCGAUAUGGAUCUUGUAGAUAAACUCUCCGAGGGACGUGUGGAUUUGACCUUCGGCAGUGCGCUCGACAUCUUUGGGGGCACAUUGGUCAAAUUUGAGGAGCUGGUACGAAGGAACUUCCGAGCACAACGCGCUCCUCAAGAUAUCGACAAAAUGCCCGGAAAAGUCAAGGCCUACGAACUCCAGUCAAAGUCCAAGAACGACUUGACCAAACAACUUACGGAGUUGAAGAAUGAGCUCUUGACGCUGCGGGUGCAGAAGAUUGCUGGCGGGUCAGCAUCGAAGUUGACGAAGAUCAACACCGUCCGCAAGUCCAUCGCUCGGGUUCUGACUGUCAUCAACCACAAGUCACGGCAGAACCUGCGAGAGUACUACAAGGACAAGAAGUUCUUGCCUCUCGACCUCCGCCCAAAGAAGACCCGUGCUAUCAGACGGAGAUUGACCAAGCACGAGGAGUCGCUCAAGACCUUGAAGCAAAAGAAGAAGGACCAAAACUUCCCCAUCCGUAAAUAUGCUGUCAAGGCUGCAUAA